AUGGAGCCCUUUCGCGUGCGCCUCAACUGCGUCGACCAUUACCAGGCGAUCGCGUCGGAGCUGGAUCCUCCACUGCCUAUUCGGGAUGGCGUCUUUGAGAAAGAUUACAGGCCUAGGGUGCCUGUCAUCAGAGUCUUUGGAGCCACCGAAACAGGUCAACGGGUCUGUGUACAUGUUCAUGGAGCAUUUCCGUAUCUCUACAUCGAAUACAAUGGGUCCUUGGCGCCCGAUGCGGUCAGAUCGGCUAUCAGGACCCUGCAUCUCUCCAUAGAUCAUGCCUUGGCUGUCAGUUUUCGCCGAAAUGCCUACGACAGGAAGACUGCUUUCGUGGCACAUAUCACCUUGGUCAAAGGAACCCCCUUCUAUGGCUACCAUGUCGGAUACCGAUUCUUUCUUAAAAUCUAUCUCCUCAACCCAAGUUGCAAGGGUCGCCUUGCCGAUCUUCUGCACCAGGGGGCUGUCAUGAAGCGGCCGCUACAGCCCUAUGAGAGUCACCUGGGGUACGUUCCUCAAUGGAUGUGCGACUAUAAUUUGUCCGGCUGCAAUUACAUGGACUGCAGUAUGGUCAGAUUUCGUUCACCGGUGCCAGAGUAUCUGGAAAUGAAUAAUUUGAACCACCGAUGGCAUGAUCGAACGAUCGACCCAAAAAGUAUACUUGAUGGGCCAGCCCUCCAGAAACAAAGCCACUGCGCGCUGGAGGUGGAUAUUUGUGUCCAAGACAUCUUGAAUCGAUCUCAUGUCAAGGAGCGCCCUCUUCACCACGACUUCAUGGAAAUGCUCCGGCCGGCCAUCAUCAAUGAGCGCUUAGUCCCAAGUGUGGCUGGUUUAUGGGAAGAUGAGACGCGGCGACGCAAGAAAAGAAUGGGAAUCGUUCACCCUGGAAAUACACCGUUCGCUCCGGAGGAGCUGAUCUCGAUGUCUGCUAAUUCAAGAGACCAGACCAGAGCUGGCUGGGUUCACGAAGAUGAAUUUCAUGAGAUGGCUCGGCAAAUCGCUUUGGCCGAAAAGGAGGACGCCGAGGAGAAGGAUACAUCCUUCGAAAAAUUUUUGGACCCUAACCAAUACGAGAAGAAUGUCAAGACCUCAUUGAGCAGCGUUGAAGACUUUUAUCCGGACAAGAUCGACAGUUUUACAAUGGAAAACCACCCGCAAGUACCCGACGAUGCAGUAAAGGUUUCUGUUGAUGAAAGCCUUGCAUUAUCCUCUCAGACUGACGACAGCUUUCUUUUCGAUCUCGACCAUCCAGAUGAAGCACCAGAGGACACUCAAUGUGCAGAAAAUACUACAGUUGUGAACAACAUGGCUGAUGAGAGUUUCUAUGACGGUGUUUUUGAUGAAUUAUCAUCUAAUCUACCCUUCCGGCUGUCUGGCGAGAUGGAUUCUUUGGAUAUGGCAUCGGAUGACAGACGAGACAGCGAGUUACCCAGGCCAGAUGUUGAAUUUCCAGGCGACCCGAAUGAAUACAACCGAGGAGGCCUAUCCCUGAAGCGCUCUCUCGAUGGCGGCUCUGGUAUAUACAAACCAUCCUUCAAAAAGCCGAGGUUCUUUAUGGAACAUGACUCUGGCCCACACAAGUCAGGCAUCUCUGGAGGAACAGGAGAGGGAGGAGAUAGACAAAAUCUGCCCAAGAACCCAUGUCUACAAAUUGAGGCUCCUGCGUCAGACCCCAAGUCGUCCUCAUCGCAGAAGACUAUCCGGGCGAAGCAACAUAUUCCAGACAGCAGGUUAGAUUUUCCAGUCGUCAAGGAUCCAAAUGACCCCUUGACCAUCUUACGUUUUAGUCAAGACGACUCAAAACGUUCAAAGAAGGAGCGUGGUCUGUCUCAGCAAAUGCCAAACUCUUUCCCCUCGGGAUCAGCUACAAGUGCAUCGGGACAAGCUAGCGCGCUUGGCGGCCCUUCAGCUCUCCCAUCCUCUUCAACAAUCGCGGAGGCAGUCAUACUCGAUCCGCAUAUUGCAGAACUCACAGAAAAUCUCAGAAAUUCAUUUGAAUUUUCGCCCGAUAGUACUUUGGCCAUUUUCAGAUCUGCAGGCCCAAGCUCGACCGAGGUCCCCAAAACUAUGAAUGACUAUGGUAGACCAUCAGUUGUCUAUCAGAAAGCAUACUAUUCCGAGGAAGUAGAUGUGCCCGAAAGACCACGAGAAUAUGCUGGUCGGGAAUUUCGACUUGAAAGCGACACAAUACAUUUUCUCCCCGAGUUUGAUCCAUUGGGAGACUUGCCUGCGAUGUUUGGAGAGCAAUUCACAGUUUCCUUUGACCGUGAGCAUCAACAAGAAGUUGACCAGCAGAUGCGAGAGUUUUGCACUGCUAGAGUCUGGGAAUUUGCGGCAGUGCCCCCUAGCCGCUCUGAAGUCAUUGAAUGGUUUGAAAGCACCCAAGCGAGUAAUAUGAAAAAUUCCGCACCUGAAAAGCCGGCCGCUUCGAGGAUUGAGACCAAGGUGGAUGCCUUGUCGCAGAUCGAAGGCCCGACCCAAAAACCCCUGGAAUUCAAGAAUUCCCAGAAAGCAAAGACAAGCGUGGAGCACCAGGCGCAGUAUAUGAGCACCAUGAGCUUGGAAGUUCAUGUAAACACUCGCGGAGCUCUCUCGGCCAACCCUGAAGAGGAUGAGAUUUCCUGCAUAUUUUGGUGUAUACAGUCUGAGGAUGAUGAGAUCGAGGUUAACAGUCACAUUCCUGGCGUCCAUGUUGCGUUACGGGUCGAACUUGAGCACGAGCCAACAGAGCUGGAUAUGAUCAACAGAUUGGUUGAUAUUGUUCGUUAUCUUGACCCAGACAUCAUCACAGGCUAUGAGGAGCUGUCUAGGGUAAAAUCGCAAGCCAACGGAAAGUUCGGGAGAGAGGAUGACCGCUGGGGCUUUGAACAUGCUUCUUCUAUCCAAAUGACCGGCCGUCAUAUGAUUAAUAUAUGGCGUGCCAUGAAAGGCGAGAUGAAUCUGUUGCAGUACACCAUGGAGAACGUUGUGUUUCACCUACUGCGCCGCCGGAUUCCGCACUACUCUCAUCGGGAUCUCACUCAAUGGUACCAGAGCGGACAUCCUCGCCAGGUCUACAAACUUGUGGACUAUUUCACUUCCCGGGUGCAAAUGAACCUAGAGAUUCUCGAAGCCAAUGAGCUCAUUCCUCGACUCAGUGAACAAGCUAGGCUACUGGGCAUUGACUUUUACUCGGUCUUCUCUCGCGGCUCUCAGUUCAAAGUUGAGUCCUUAAUGUUUCGAAUUGCCAAGCCGGAGAACUUUCUGCUUGUAUCUCCAAGCAAGCAGCAAGUGGGACAACAGAAUGCGCUUGAAUGCCUACCGUUAGUCAUGGAGCCACAAAGCGACUUCUACACCAGCCCACUCUUGGUUCUCGAUUUUCAGUCUCUCUACCCCAGCAUCAUGAUUGCAUACAACUACUGUUACUCGACAUUCUUGGGGAGAGCAGCCUCUUGGCGUGGUCGGGAUAAGAUGGGAUUCUUGGAUUACAAGCGACAGCCCCGUCUUCUCGAGCUUUUGAAAGACAAGAUCAAUAUUGCUCCAAACGGAAUGAUGUACGCAAAGCAGGAAGUGCGAAAGUCGCUUUUAGCUAAAAUGCUUACGGAAAUUCUCGAAACCCGCGUGAUGGUGAAGACUGGUAUGAAGGCUGAUAAAGACGACAAAAUUUUGCAACGUCUUCUCAACAAUCGGCAACUGGCUCUCAAGUUGAUUGCGAACGUCACAUAUGGAUACACCUCCGCCUCGUACUCCGGCCGAAUGCCCUGCUCCGAGAUUGCAGACAGCAUCGUGCAGUCAGGACGGGAAACUCUCGAGAAAGCCAUCGCUUUCAUUCACUCAAUCGAACGUUGGGGCGCCGAGGUUGUCUACGGCGACACAGAUAGUCUUUUCGUGUACCUCAAAGGUCGAACUCGUGACCAAGCCUUUGAUAUCGGCGAGGAAAUUGCACAGGCAGUCACGGAAAUGAACCCUCGACCAGUGAAGCUCAAAUUCGAAAAGGUGUACCACCCGUGCGUGCUACUAGCCAAGAAACGCUACGUUGGGUUCAAAUACGAACAUCGCACCCAAACCGAGCCCGAAUUUGACGCCAAGGGCAUCGAAACCGUCCGCAGAGACGGCACCCCUGCCGAACAAAAGAUCGAAGAAAAAGCCUUAAAACUCCUCUUCCGAACUGCAGACCUCAGCCAAGUGAAGUCCUACUUCCAGCGCCAAUGCAGUAAAAUCAUGCAAGGCCGUGUCUCGAUACAGGAUUUCUGUUUCGCCCGCGAAGUAAAAUUGGGCACGUAUAGUGAACGUGGCACAAUGCCCGCCGGCGCAAUGAUUAGCACGAAGCGCAUGCUCGAGGAUCCGCGCUUGGAGCCGCAGUAUGGCGAGCGCGUGCCAUAUGUCGUUGUCACAGGCGCACCUGGGUCUAGACUCAUUGACCGUUGUGUUGCGCCUGAGACGCUCUUACACGACGCGCAGCUUGAACUUGAUACGGACUACUACAUAAGCAAGAACCUCAUUCCGCCCCUAGAACGAAUCUUCAACCUCGUCGGCGCAAAUGUCCGGCAAUGGUACGAUGAAAUGCCUAAAGUCCGGCGUAUUCGGCGCGUGGAUAAUGCGGCUUCGACUGUCUCACGGCCAGGUAUGCAAUCCGGUGCGAUGAAAAAAACACUUGAAUCGUAUAUGCGCUCUUCGUCGUGUAUUAUUUGUCGGGAGAAGUUGUUAGAUGCCGCUGUACCGCUUUGCACGGAUUGUCUUUCUCGUCCGCAUAUCUCACUUCUGGAUGUCGUUUCGCGAUUACAGCGUGCUGAGAAACGUGUUGCUGAUCUUGAGGCUGUUUGUCGGUCUUGCAUGGGGGUUCCUUGCGGUGAUACAAUUGCGUGCAACAGCAUUGACUGUCCGGUUUUCUACUCUCGUACUCGAGAUGUGGCUCGCUUGAGUCAUACAAGAGGAAUCUUGGGACCUGUUGCUGAGUUAUUAGAGAAAAAGGGGGACGAGGGGCUGGAUUGGUGA